AUGUCAGAUCCCAAACUUGUCCCCUUCAGCCUGCACACUACUGCAUAUAAGACCGUGCAAGGCGUUGAAAUUUCAGCACACAUCCUCAUUCCAAAAUCCAUCGCUACCUCCACAACCCCGGGAAAGUAUCCGGUUCUGGUGAGAUUUCAUGGAGGGUUUUUGGUUACAGGCUCAGCACUCUACACAGAAUGGCUUCCUAACUGGGCCCUUGAUCUCGUAGUGAAAAAUGGGGCGUUAUUUAUCAUGCCUGAUUAUCGAUUAUUGCCUGAAGCUAGCGGAAAGGAGAUUGUGGAGGAUGUGAAGGAUUUUUGGACGUGGCUUGCGUCUGAUGUUAACGGACUCUCGUCUUAUCUUUCAGGAGUGAAUAGUAAUCUUUCCGUGGAUUUUGAAAAAGUGGCGAUUCAUGGUGAAAGUGCCGGAGGCUACUUGGCUAUCCGCAGCUCUCUUUUGCCUGAACAAUUCUGGGGAAGUAAGGAGGGGUUCACUGGUCCAAAAGCAGUUAUUGCAGCGUAUCCCAUGACACUUUUGAGAAAGGAAUGGUACUCCGUGGCUAGCGAGAUCAAAAGUCCUUUUGGGGUUCCGCAGAUGGACGAGGGGUUUUUGAAUGACCACAUUGCAGAUAUAGGCAAAGGGGGUGAGAAAAUAGUGAUUAGUGCGGACCCACCUGCGAGAUUGGAAAUCGCGGUUACGAUGGUGCAAAGAGGAAGGUGGACGGAAAUUUUCAAGAGAGAUGGAGAGGAGGGAUUAUGGUUGGAGGAUGUUAUUGAGAAUGUGGAUGAGAAGGAGGGGCAGAAGAGACCUUACUUGUUGACGUUUCAUGGGACGAAGGAUACGGCUGUUCCGUGGGAGGAUACGAAAGAGUUGGUGGAGAUUUAUGGGAAGAAGUUUGGAGAGGAUAGAGUGAAAGGUAUUUGGAAUGAGGGGAUGGAACAUGGUUUUGAUGGGAUUAUGGAUGAGGAGAAGGGGGAGGGAAAGUGGUUGCAAGAGGAAUUGGAAGUGGUUAAAAGAGAGUGGUUGGGGAACUAG